AAAUAAGUUGGUGAAAUCACCUUCUAUUAACACUUCGUGAAAUCACUUUUGACUAAGAAGGUCAAUCCCACCUUUCACAAAAACUGAAUCUUCCUAAAAUUUUUCCAUAUCUGGACUGAAACCUCGUCCGUAUCCAGGUAUGCUCUAUCCUCAGCUGCUGCAACUUCCUUCUCUAUCAAUAUUCUCAAAAUCAAUGAAUAAAUGAAGUGUUGUUUGGACUGUGUUGACGCGAAACAGAAUUUUCAGAUCACGAAGAUUCAGUUUUCCGGGCCAACAACAUUGCUUUUAUAUAUUUUGUCAAAUAGGAGCAACGUGGAGUAACAAUUAAAGAUGCCACUUUAUGACUGCAUGCUUUUGUUGAAACCCCAUAUAAAGAAGGAGGCGUUGAUGGAACUGGCUAUUAAGGUGGGGAAGCAUGUCUAUGGUAGAAAUGGAGUCCUCACAAAUGUAAAGUAUUUUGGAACUGUCCAGCUCGGCUAUGGUAUUAAAAAGCUUGAUGGGAGGUAUUUUCAGGGGCAGAUGAUGCAAAUGACGAUGAUGACACCGCCUAAUUUCAACAACGAGUUGCAUUACCUGAAUAAGGAAGACCGUUUACUUCGGUGGCUGUUGGUUAAGAACCGGGGGGAUCUUCAGCUUGAUUCUUCGGAUCGUUAUGAACCUUCACGUACCCUGGUUUACCAAGAUUUUAAGGGUGAUGAGAAAGAAGACAGUGAUGAUGAAGACACUGAUGACACAGACGAUAAAUACAAUAAAGGCUCCCUUUUCUAAGUAUUGAAUAAAAACUGUGAAGACCCCCCUUUUAUUGUUUCAUGGAUUCAGGUUGAAUACUUGAAUCUCUGACACUUUUUGCUAUUUAUGUCGUGAAAUAUGAAAUGGAUACUAUUCCCAUGUUAGAACUUUGAACCAAGAAAUCUAUCCGGGUUUAUCUAAUGUAAAACAUAUGCUUUGAUAAUCCAUGAUGGUACCCCCCCAAAAAAAAAAGAUGAUGUCAAUGAAAAUUCAGUGUCAUCCCUAAAAAUUUUCAAUACCC